UAGGGUGUGGAGUCGAAUGUGAUAAACCCUAAAACAAAGUCGAGAAAGCAGAGAGCAUUGAGUGGAAGAAAGCAGCAAGGAAAAGAUGGCGAGUGAGGAAGAGAGCGCGGUGAAGGAGCCUUUGGAUCUGAUAAGGCUUAGCCUCGACGAGCGCAUUUACGUCAAGCUCCGCUCUGACCGUGAGCUCCGCGGUAAACUCCAUGCUUAUGAUCAACAUUUAAAUAUGAUUCUUGGUGACGUGGAAGAAAUUGUUACCUCUGUGGAAAUUGAUGAUGAAACUUAUGAAGAGAUUGUCCGGACUACAAAGAGGACAGUUCCAUAUCUAUUUGUCAGAGGAGACGGUGUCAUCCUUGUUUCACCCCCACUAAGGACAGCUUGAUUAUAAUUUGGUGGAGGACGACUGGAUUGGGUGACUUGUAUUUGGGAAAUGGAUUGUCGUUAUAUUUAACAAAAAUCUGUUCUAUGUAUUCUAAUUUUAGUUCUCUGAAUGAACAAGAUUCUUGAAUCCGUAGGGGUUCAACUGUACUUGCUGAGGUAGCUGAAAGAAUGGGGUUUUGUUGAAUAUGAAUUUGGUAGAUUCUUGGUGUAAUUGUUUUUUGCUUUCUGUUUGCUUGAACAGACCUCGAUACUGUGCCCUAGAAUUGAUGCCUAUUACCACUGAUAGCCAUUGGUCACACUGUAACGGCACUAAUGCUGCAGAAAUAUAAAUUCCGGGCUGUGUUGAGUGAUUGACCGAUUGCCCUUAAUGUU